GUGAGUUCAUGACCUGAGCUGAAAUCAAGAGUCAGUCAGUUGCUUAUCCUACUGAGCCACCCAAGGUGCCCCUAAAGCUAUAACUUUCUUUUGGGUACUGGUUUGGCCAUGUCCCACAAUUUUGCCUUGUGUGGUUUAUAUCAGUCAGUUUUAAUAUUUAAUAUCUUUUGUAAUUUCCAUUUUAACCCAUGAGGUAUUUAUCUUCCUAACAUAGGAUUCCUUUUAACUAACCUUUAAUAUCUACUUUACUGCAUUUUGGUCAGAGAAUUUAGUCUGAAUGAAAUUGACCCUUUGGAAUCUAGUUACACUUUUAAACCUAACACAUGAUCUAUUUUCAUGUGUGUGUAUGUGCACUCUCAAGUAUCUAUUCUGUUUGGUAUAGAGUUCUGAAUAUUUAUAUAAUAAUAAAGUAUAUUAAUAUUUUGACUUUUUCAGGCUUCUUAUAUCCCUGCUUAAUAUUUCCCCCUCAGUUCUAUGAGUUGUUACUUAAGAAAUGUUGAGGUUGUGCUUUCAGGAUCAUAUAUACCUCAUAUAUGUUUAUGAUGAGUACUAUAUAAUUUUAUGCUGUUCCUUUCACUGGUAUUAAUGUCUAUAUUUGUCCCUUGUAUUUUUUGACUUGAAAUCUUUUUUUGAUGGGUAUUAAGAUUGCUAUCUCAACUUUGUUUUGGUCCACAGUUGCCUGAUACAUCUUUUUUCAUUCUUUUAUUUUUUACUUUUCUGUGUCUUUUUGCUUUGAAGUAUCUUUUGUUAGUUGCAUGUUAUUGAAUUUUAUUUUGUUUUUCUAAUCCAGGCUGAAUGUCUGUCUUUUUAACUGUGACUUUUAACAUGUUUACAUUCAUUGUAAUUCCUACUAUAUUAAGAUUUACACCUGCCAUCUUCUCUCAUAUCUGUUGAGUAUGGUUAUAUGACCACAACCUCUGGGGUCCCAGCAAGAAUCCUAAUGUCUAACAGCUCUGUAACCAAGACAGGUCCCCUAAAACUAAUCCCAACAAACCCAUCUAAAGGAAAAUAGCAACAACAACAGUACCACCGCCUUUUAUAGCUCUCUAUCUGGAGUUUCGAGUUUGGGGCAUAAAGGAACUACUUUUGCGGGAGUAAUUUUCUGGGCUAGAACAGCAUACUAAAAAAUAAACUGACCCAGAUAUUAACCAAUAAAUUAUUAAAACGACCCCAGUCUCUCCCAAUAGAAAAAUCUGCCUGAGACUAGGAGAUAAAGAUGGGAAAGCUCAGUAAACUUUCUUGGUCAGCAUCCAUGUUCUUAGAUACAGACAAUAAUAUAACCCAUUGCUUUCAGACUUUAAUAUCAUUUCUCUAGUCUUCUCAUUCACAGGUUAAAGCUACCUUUCCAGAUAUUUCAACUAAGUCACCAGUUUCCAAGGGCAUUUGCCACCUACGGAAAACAUGAGAUUCGAGUACACCAGAUGUCCUUGACAACUCAUCCCACCACAAAAUUUGCUCCACCAGCGGACAGCAAAGGCAACCACUGUGUUUCUUUCCAUUACCAAGUAGAUAUAAUAUCCCUGCCAACAAGACAGAAUACACGAAGUGUCUCCUCGCAGUAUCACAACCAGUUGAGACCACGCUAAGAAAGUCAGCUUGCCUGGAGGAAGACCCCUUCUCUUCUUGGGUAGACACAGUUUGAAGGAGAAACUCUGACCUGUGCCACUGAACCCCCAAAAGACUCAGGGAUUUGAAGCACCCUGGGAGAUGGGAGUGAGGAGCAAAGUUGAAACACAGGAGGCUACUGGAGAGUGUGCAUCACCAAAACAAAAGAGUAAGUCUAAAGAAGAAGGCUUGGCAUCCUGAAGACAAGAUCUCACAAAGGAAUGCAAUGAAGGAAAGUCAGGAUGGCUACCAUGUCAACAAAAUUCACGCGUCCGGGACUUGCCAGGGCUCCAAAGCUGAUGCCCGCGGUGGCACCGACUGGAGAAUGGAUUGGGAUCCCGAGAUGCACGUGAAAAUGUGCAAGAAGAUCGCCCAGCUCACCAAGGUGAUUUACGCCCUCAACACCCGCCAGGAUGAAGCGGAGGCCAGCGUGGAGGCUCUGCGGGAAGCCCACCGGGAGGAGCUCCAGAAGGCCGUGGCGGAGACCGAGGCCAGGCUCCUGCGGGAACAGGGCCACGCAGAGGAGGAGGCCCUGCUCCAGCGCAUUCGGGCCCUGGAGAACGCCUUGGAGCUGCAGAAGAGGCUGACCCAGGAGGCGCUGGCUCAGUCGGCCACGUGCAGGCUGGAGACCAAAGAGAGGGAGCUGAGGGUGGAGGCAGAGCACGCCGAGCGGGUCCUCACCCUCUCCAAGGAGAUGCUGGAGCUCAAGGCCGACUAUGAGAAGAGGCUCCGGCACCUGGCGAGCCACGAGACGCCCCAGUGGGGCCAGCUUUCCCAGGAGGGCCCGGAGCCCAAGGGAGAGCCAGGCCACGGCCACGAGAUGCGGGAUGUCCUCCUGGAGGUGGAGAGGCUGCGAGCGGAAAACCAGCAGCUGAGCAAGGACUACGCCAGGAAGGCUGAGGAGCUGCAGGCCACCUACGAGCGGGACACCGAGGCCAUCCGGCAGGCCAUGCAGCAGUCCGUGAGUGAGGCCCUGUGGCAGUGGCAGGAGAAGGAGACGGACCUCCGCAAGAACUUCCAGGUCCAGGAGUCGGCCCUGCAGGCUCAGGUCAGGAAGCUGGAAGGGGAUCUGGAGCACAGGGGCCGCAAGAUAAGUGACCUGAAGAAGUAUGCCCAGAAGCUGAAGGAGAGGACUCAGGACCUAGAUGUGCAGCUCAAGGAGGCUCGGCAGGAGAACUCUGAGUUGAAAAGUACUGCAAAAAAACUCGGGGAGAAGCUGGCCAUUGCCAAAGACAGACUGAUGCUGCAGGAACGUCAUGUAACACCGAAAACCGAUGAAAUGAAGACAGAGCUAGUUGCAGAGAAUGAAGUCCUAGGGAAGGCGAAUGACCUGGAAGGCCGCAGUCUCCAUCCUCAGCAGGACCCGAACUUUCCCAAGGAGUGUCCAUGUACCAAAGGAGGCCCAGAGACACAGACCAAGAAAGAGGCAAGUAUUGAGACGGAAUAUAUGAAGAAGCAAUAUGAAGAAGACCUUCGUAAAAUCAAACAUCAGACAGAAGAGGAGAAGAAACAUCUCAAAGACCAGCUAGUGAAGCGCCUGGAAGACUUGGUAAAGAAGCACGCCAUAGAAAUCAAAUCGGUUCGCUCUUCGGUGGAGGCCGAGAGGAGGAAGCUGCAGAAGGAAGUGGAAGCACAGUUGGAGGAAGUGAAGAAGAAAUCAGAAAAUGAAAUCAAGCAGCUGGAAGAAGAGAAAGCAGCCCUAAAUGUGAAGCUCCAGAAUUCUCUGCUCGAGGUUUUAAGACUGGAAGAAUUUAUCCAACAGAAUAAGGUACAUCCCCGAAGAGGCAAAGAAAGGCCCCAGGAAUUGGACAGCCAGCGCUGUAGUAUUUUAGAGACGCAGGAUCCAUGCUCGAAGCUGAAUAAACCUCAGACCCCACCCAAAGGAGAAGAGUACCAGGAUAAGUUAGCAGCUGAAGAAGGAACCAGCAGUGAUGAAGAAGAAAGGAUCAAAGUGCCCCUCAAGGAAGGAGAUGGGCUGCAGCCUCCACUGAGCUCUUUGCUGGAGGAGAAGGCACCCGACAUCCAGCGUCUGCAGGAGGAGUGGCAAAGCCAGAAGGCCAGAUUGCAAGCCCAGGUCUCCCAGAUGCAGCAGGCUCUGGAGCAGUGCGCCAGCAGCUACCGGGAGGACCUGCAGGAGCUCAAGCAACUCUCCGACCACGAAAGGGAGAAGCUGCAGCACGAGCUCCAGGAGACCGUUCAGCAGAACCAGGCCAUGAAAGCCCAGCUCGAGGCCUCCCACCAGCGAGCCUUGCGCAUGCUUGAGAAGGCCAAAAAUCAAGAACUCAAGGCCGCAGAGGAGCGCCUGAGGAAGGAAGCCAGCCACAGCCUGCAGAUCCAGCACCAGGCGCACCGGCUGGAGCUCCAGGCCCUGGAGGAAAAGGCCCGGCAGGAGCUCCAGGGAGAGCGGGAGAGGACGCAGGCUCAGCAGGCUCUCGCGUUAGAGUCCCUGAGGCAGGAGCUGUCGGAGCAGCGGGCCGCCUGCUCUGGGCACCAGAAAGACCUGGAGGUGCUGCAGGCCAAGCUGAGGGCUCUGGGCAGCUUGGGCAAGCCGCAGGCCACCGCCCAGUGUCCAGGGGACAGUGAGGACCGCACCGUCGCUGCAGAGGACGCGGGCGGCCCGGGCCAGGCGGGCUCCCCGAAGGGCGCCGCGGAGCCGGGUCCGAGCGAGGGCUGCGACCCCUGGGAGGAGAACUCGCAGCUCAAGGACGCGGUGCAGCGGCUGCGGGCCGAGGUGGAACAGCAUCAGCAGGAGGCGCUACAGCUCCGCGAGCAGCGCAGGCUGCUGGAGGAGGAUCAGCAAGCCCAACGGGCCCGGGAGGUGGAGAAGCUACGCCAGGAACACCGGAAGGAGAUGCAGGCCAUGGUGGCGGAUUUCAGCAGUGCGCAAGCCAGGCUCCAGGCCCGGCUGGCUGCCCUGGAAACUGAACUGAAGGAUUCCGGAGAGAAACCAGGGAAGGGGGCGUCCAGGCCAGAGGACGUUCAGCUCAUAGGCCGCCUGCAGACCCGCCUGAAGGAGAGAGAGGAGAUCAUCAAGCAGCUCAUGGAGGAGAGAAGAUUUCACUGUGCAGCCUUCCCCAGCGCCAUGUCCCAUCGGAACCGGUCUUUCUCUUUCAACCCUCACCCAGGAUAUUUGACCCCCUCCAUGAAGAAAAAGAAGCUGGAGGAAGUGCCCAGCCGAGUGGUCAGCGUGCCAAACCUGGCCUCCUACGCAAAGAACUUUCUGAGUGGUGAUCUGAGCUCCAGGAUCAACGCCCCUCCAAUAACGAAGUCACCCAGCUUGGACCCAAGCCCUGGCUGUGGCCAGCCUUACAAACCCACCCAGGCUCUAGAUGUGAAAACUGCCACAAGGACACAAGAUGGUGAAACAGCCCAACCCAAAGAAGUCCAGCAGAAACAGGGCUCUGCCCACCAGGAAUGGUUUACCAAGUAUUUCUCUUUCUAAACUGAGUCUCAGGAUUCCAUCACCAAGAGGACACCUGAAACACAUGUAAAGCAUCUGACUGAAGGAAUGAACUAAAAAACCAAAUUAACUUGCUUGUGACACGAUUUAUAUAUAAUAGCCAAAACAAAUUUUGGCAUUAACAUUUCAUACUGUUUCAUUGUGAAACCAGUGCUUAAACAGAAUUCUUGACAUUAAGGUGAAAAACAAAACAACAUAAACCAGUGUUAUCAAAAUGCACCCACAGAAAAUAUUAAUGUUACUGAUGACCCUCACAUUGUAUUUCUAGUGUCCAUAAGAUUUCACUCCACUUUGUGGAAUAUCAGGCUUUGUGAUUUCCAUGAUCUACUUUAAAAGUGGUUUCACUUGUCCUUAGAAUGCUAGUCAUCUCCACUUGAAAAGUAUUUCUGUGUAAAUGACAGAAUUACAAAAUGCACAUUCAACCUCGCUAGGAAGAAGAAUAAAAGUUCGAAAUACUCAUGAAAACCAAUUACAAACACAAAACAAGGCAAAACUAGGAGUGGAUGACAGCAGCCCUUGGCACACUUCGACUGAGUGCUCUGACUUCCUAAGUCCAGGACCUGAAGUAGACGAGAGAGGGGAUAACACCUACCUCAAAAGGGACUUUUGGAGAAGUAAGCAAAAUAGGAUAGGUAUGAUACCAAUCACGAACUGGAAUUAACCACUGCCAGAAUUUUUCUGUGAAUAACCGAGCCUCACUCUGUCAUAUGACUGUAGUUUCAACUUGGUCACUUGUGAAAGUUUCUAGAGUAUUCUUUGAAGUCAAAGAUCUACUGAGCCCAUAGUCUUUAGGCCUGGGCCCUUUGCCUCAUGGUGCAUUGCUUCCCCAUCACAUGGAUGCUCAGUACUGUAAGGGAAUCGGGACUGGCCAUUCAUGGUGCUGACCCAUGUCAGUCCACACUGAAUAGUCUGACCUUCUGAUGGAGCAGUGUGAUUUGACAAGACUCAAUACAAUUUGGGCAAAAUAUGUUCUCAAUCCUUUGGUGCUGGCCCCACACGUGGCCAUAAACAUUUAUUCUAUGCACUGUCAAAUCUUUGCUCUUUGAAUAAAACUUUAAACUGGGCAAUUAAAAA